GGAGCGACAGCGACAGGAGGCCGGGCCAGCAGCUGGCGUGCCCGUCGCCCACAUGCGGGCCUCGCGCCAUUAGAUAACUUCCGAUUAGCAUCGGAGAUGUUGUCCCUCUGCUUACUUCAUCUGUCCGUGAACAAGUGAAAGGGAAAGACAAACGGAGCGCGGAGAGGUAGCCGGGCAAGGAGCAAAGGAAGAAGAGACGCGGCAGCGGGCGCAUGCGGAGGCUGCUCGCCGCUCGGUCCGUCAUCCCCGUCGCCGGUGAUUCCGCUUCGGCUGGGUUUCUUCCAUGAUUCGGGAAGCAAGGCCAUGUCUCCCUUCCUCCUCGGAUUCCUCGGGUUACUCCUCGUCGCAGGUGAGGUGGUGGUGGUAGCCGGCGCGCAGGGCGGAAGCGGCAGCGCGAGCGGCGACAGGGAGGUGCUAGUGGAGCUCAAGCGCUUCCUGCAGGAGAACAACAAGGUGAACCGCGGCGCCUACGACGCGUGGGCGGAGGCCGACGCGUCGCCGUGCGGGUGGCAUGGCGUCGGCUGCGACGGCGCCGGCCGCGUCACGUCGCUGGACCUGUCCGGCGCGAGCAUCUCCGGCCCGGCGUUCGGCAACUUCUCGCGGCUGCCCGCGCUCGCCAGGCUCGACCUCUCCGACAACACCAUCGCCGGCGCCGGCGACAUCGGCCAAUGCCGCGGACUCGUGCACCUCAACCUCUCCCACAACCUCAUCAACGGCUCGCUGGACCUCUCCGGCCUGACCAUGCUGCAGACGCUCGACGUGUCGGGGAACCGGCUCGUGGGCGGCGUCGCGGCGAACUUCACGGCGAUCUGCGCCGACCUGGCCGUGUUCAACGUGUCCACCAAUAGGCUCACCGGAAAUAUCACCGGCAUGUUCGACGGCUGCGCCAGGCUCGAGUACGUCGACCUCAGCUCCAACAACUUCACCGGACAGCUGUGGCCGGGCGUCGCGAGGUUCAGGCAGUUCAACGUCGCCGAGAAUGAGCUCACCGGGAGCGUUCCGCCAGCCACGUUCCCGGACGGCUGCAAGCUCGAAUCUCUGGACCUGUCAGCGAAUAACCUGACCGGAAGGUUCCCGGACUCCAUAGCCAAGUGCGCGAGCCUGACGUACUUGUCGCUGUGGGGGAAUGGCUUCAGCGGCAUCAUACCGGCCGGACUGGGCAAGCUCGCCGUGAUCGAGACGAUAAUUCUCGGGAAGAACAAGUUCGACCGUCAGAUACCGUCGGAGCUGAUGAACUGCAAGAACCUUCAGUUCUUGGACAUCAGCAGCAACAGUUUUGGUGGGGACGUGCAAGACACCUUUGGCAGGUUUGCGAGCUUGAGGUACCUUGUGCUGCACCACAACAACUACACCGGCGGCAUCGUCAGCUCCGGCGUGCUCCAGCUUCCGCUGCUGGCCAGACUCGACCUUAGCUCCAACGAGUUCUCCGGCGAGCUCCCUACAGAGUUGGCCGACAUGAAGAGCCUCAAGUACCUGAUGCUUGCCUACAACCAAUUCUCCGGCAGCAUACCGCUGGCGUACGGCCGGCUCACCGAGCUCCAGGCUCUGGACCUGUCGCAUAACCAGCUCUCCGGCGGGAUACCGGCGACCGUGGGGAACCUGACGUCGCUUUUGUGGCUGAUGCUCGCGGGGAACCAGCUCUCAGGAGAGAUUCCGCCGGAAAUUGGCAAAUGCACCAGCUUGCUCUGGCUGAACCUGGCUGACAACGAGUUGAGCGGAAAGAUCCCGCCGGAGAUGGCAGCCAUUGGGAGCAACCCCGGCCCUACAUUCGCCAAGAACCGGGAAGAUUCCACCGUGCUCGCCGGCUCCGGCGAGUGCCAGGCCAUGAAGCGGUGGAUCCCAGCGAGCUAUCCCCCGUUCAGCUUCGUGUACUCGAUCAUGACGCGGGAGAACUGCCGCAGCAUUUGGGACCGAAUCCUCAAGGGCUACGGCAUCGUCCCCAUCUGCACCAACUCCUCGUCGCCGGUGAGGUCCAACACGAUCUCCGGAUACGUGCAGCUGUCCAGUAACCGGCUGUCCGGAGAGAUACCGCCGGAGAUCGGGGCGAUGCGGAACCUCAGUCUGCUCCACCUCGACAACAACCAGCUCGCCGGGCGGCUGCCGCCGGAGAUCAGCCGGCUUCCGCUCGUCGUGUUGAACGUCUCGAGGAACAACAUCUCAGGCGCGAUCCCGUCGGAGAUCGGCCGCAUUCGGUGCCUCGAGAUGAUGGACCUGUCCUACAACAACUUUUCCGGCGAGCUGCCGGGGAGCCUGAGCCAGCUCACGGAGCUGAACAGGUUCAACAUGUCCUACAACCCUCUUCUUUCCGGCAACUUCCCCACCACCGGCCAGUUCGGCACCUUCGACGAGCAAUCCUUCCUCGGCGACCCACUCAUUUCAUUCCAGCGAGGCGCCGGUAAGCAACCACGACCAGAAGCUGCCGAUGUUCCCGCGGUUCGAGGACGUGGGAUGUCUCGAAGAACCAUCGCGUUGUGGUUCACGUUCUCGCUCCUCGUCGCCUUCGUCGCCGGGGCCCUGGUGUUCUUCCUGGCGAAUCUUCGGGCGCGAUUCCCCGUGGACCAGGACCCGGACCCCGAGUCAUUCUCGUGUGAGAACACCAAGUGCGGCUCCGGCAAGUGCUCGAUGCAGCUGUCAACUUCGUCGCCGCCGUCCGGGUCAUCGUCAUCGACCGCCGGGUGCUCCUCCUCCUCAGAGGGGGUGAAGGUGUUCCAGCUGUGCAAGACGGCGUUCACCUACCGCGACAUCGUGGCGGCCACGAGGAACUUCUCCGACGACCUGGUGAUCGGGCGUGGCGGCUACGGCGUGGUGUACCGCGGCGUGCUCCCCGACGGCCGCACUGUCGCGGUGAAGAAGCUCGCUCGGCCGCGCGACGGCGACUGCGAGCGCGAGUUCCGCGCCGAGAUGGAGGUGCUCGCCGACCGGAUGGGGUCGACGUGGCCGCACCCCAACCUCGUCACGCUCUACGGGUGGUGCCUGUCCGGCGCGGCCAAGAUCCUGGUCUACGAGCACCUCGACGGCGGCAACCUGGAGUCCCUGAUCGGCGACACCGCCGCGUUCGGGUGGGCGCGGCGGCUGGACGCGGCGAUCGGCGUGGCGCGGGCGCUUGUGUUCCUGCACCACGAGUGCCGCCCCGCGGUGGUGCACCGCGACGUGAAGGCCAGCAACGUGCUCCUGGACCGGGACGGGCGCGCCAAGGUGACGGACUUCGGGCUCGCCCGCGUGGUCCGCCCCGGCGACACGCACGUGAGCACGGUGGUGGCCGGGACCGUCGGGUACGUGGCCCCCGAGUACGGGCAGACGUGGCGCGCCACGACGAAGGGCGACGUGUACAGCUACGGCGUGCUCCUGAUGGAGCUCGCCACGGGCCGCCGCGCCGUGGACGGCGGCGAGGAGGAGUGCCUGGUAGAGUGGGCCCGGCGGAUGGCCAAGGAAGGGUGGCGAUCGGAGGACGCGGCGGCUGCCGCCGCCGGCACCGUGCCGUGGGAGCUCCUGAUGCUCGGCAUGCGGUGCACGGCCGACGCGCCGCAGGAGCGGCCCGACAUGCCGGACGUGCUCGCCGCGCUGGUCGACGUCGCCGGGGCCGCCGGCGUGCGACUCGAAUUCACCUGACACCUUUGAUCAUUCUUUUCCCACACUUGUCUGUUCAAAUUUUUUUGCUGUUUCUAGUUAGCUUUUCCAUUGGUUCGUGAUGUGAAUAACAGAUGUAGGAGACGAAAGGCAAUUUUGGUUGUUUAGGAAAAGAAGAAAGACACGCUCGAUGUACAUUCUCACGCAGACAGCAAGAACCUGCUGAUUGCAAUGCAAAGCAUCCGCUUGUGAUGUUUA